AUGGCCCACCGGCGGCUAGCCCUGGUCCUGGGGUUAUGUCUACCCACCAGCCUAAGCCUCUGGGCCCUGUGGGUGUAUGUGGAGAACUGGAUGCCGGUUUCUUAUAUACCCUACUACCUCCCCUGCCCAGAGAUCUUCAACUUGAAGCUCCCGUACAGAGGGGCAGAGCCAUCCCAGCCAGUGGCAGGGUUGGCGUACCCUCAACCCAGGCUUCUAGAGCAGAGGCCCGCAGAGCUGCUGACGCUGACACCCUGGUUGGCACCCAUCGUCUCCGAAGGCACCUUCAGCCCGGAGCUGCUGCGGCACCUGUACCAGCCGCUGAACCUGACCGUCGGGGUCGCCGUGUUUGCCGUGGGGAAGUACACGCAGUUUGUCCAGCCCUUUCUGGAAUCGGCUGAGGAGUUCUUCAUGCGUGGUUUCCGGGUGCACUACUACAUCUUCACCAACAGCCCCACCGCCAUCCCCGGCGUCCGGCUGGGCCCCGGACGCCGCCUCAGCCUGCUUCCCACCCAGGGCCACCCCCACUGGGAGGAGGUCUCCCUGCGCCGCAUGGAGACCAUCAGUAAGCACGUCGCCCAGAGGGCGCACCGGGAGGUGGACUACCUCUUCUGCCUCAGUGUGGACAUGACUUUCCAGAACCCCUGGGGCCCGGAGACCCUGGGGGACAUGGUAGCUGCCAUCCACCCGGGCUACUUCUCUGUACCCCGCCAGCGGUUCCCAUACGAGCGCAGGCAAGCUUCUACUGCCUUCGUAGCAGACGAGGAGGGGGACUUCUAUUAUGGCGGGGCAGUCUUCGGCGGACGAGUGGCCAACGUGUAUGAGUUCACCAGGGGCUGCCACAUGGCUAUCAUGGCAGACAAAGCCAACGGCAUCAUGGCGGUGUGGCAGGAAGAGAGCCACCUGAACCGCCGCUUCAUCUCGCACAAACCUUCUAAGGUGCUGUCCCCUGAGUACCUGUGGGAUGACAGGAAGCCCCAGCCACCCAGCCUGAAGCUGAUCCGUUUCUCCUCACUCCACAAGGAGACUAGUGUGCUGAGGGACUAA